ACUAGAGAAACAAAAAAUCAAGAUGGCUAAAUCAAAUUACUCGGUUAAUGUAGUGGCAUUCUUUCUCGUUCUCACCCUUCUUAUAAGCAAUGACAUCGUAAAAGUAAAUGGUGACAAUCCUGCUGAUGAAUCCGAAACACCACUUGAAUUUCCUCGAAAGCUAUUAGAAACCAAUCAUCUUUGUGGAUGGUUUAUACAUUUACACUUUAGUCGGACAAGAUGCUUGUCUUUCUUCGGUGAUAGAAGGUGUCGUGCAAGCUGCAGAAGCUCUGGAGCAGUUACAGGGGAGUGCAAAUGGCGUGCACUAGGUUGUUCAUGUUACUUUGGAAGUUGUUGAUCUGAUCCUAUAUUGCCCUUAAAAAAGUACUACCUUCGUUUCAGAAAGUACUUUACGCUUUGAAAAAUGUGUCCAAAUUAUAAAAACUUUGACCGUAAAUUCUCAUCAUUAUAUACAUCAAAAAGUUAAAUGUAAGAUCUUGUUAGAUUGGUCUCGGGAUGUAUUUUCAUAAUAUCAAAUUUUUAUAGAUUUUUCACAUACGAAAUAGGAUAUAUUAGUAGUUAAAUAUUGCAUUGGAGUCCGUGCAAAUAGUAACUGUAAAGAUCUUUUUGAAACGGAGGUAGUAUGUAAUAUAUAAUAUAAAAUAUAGGCAAAUUUGUUAAAAAUGAUCUUUGAUAAUCCAAAUUUUGCGAGAAAGGACCUUAUAUAAUUUUUUUUGUGAAAUAACAACUUAAUGUAAAUUUUUUUGCGAGAAAGAACCUUAUAUAAUUUUUUUUUUGUGAAAUCACACCUUAAUGAAAUUUUUUUUUUUGCGAAAGACAACCAAAAGUAAAUUUUCGGCAUUGACUGAGCUUUUUCGGCCAUUGACUUGCACGUGAGAAGCACGUGUGACUUUAUUUUGAUAAUCAUACCCAAUUUUCCUCCAAAAUUCUAAGCUUUAAAACCUAAAGUUGAAAAAAAAAUCGAAAUAAAAUCAAGUUUGAAAAUUCAAGACUCGGGAAAAUCAAUGUCUUUAGCCAACGUAAGCCACGCGUGCUGCUCACGUGCAAGUCAAUGGUCGGAAAAGCUCAGUUAAUGCUGGAAACUUCCCUUAGGUCCUUUCUCGCAAAAAAAAUUACUUUAAGGUGUGUUUUCACAAAAAAAAUUAUAUAAGGUCCUUUCUCGCAAAAUUUGAGUUAUAAAAGGUCCUUUUUGACAAAUUUUCCUAAAAUAUAUAAUACAAAGUAUGAAUAAUUGGUGUGUUGUGGUUGUGUGUAGAGUGUGUGUGCUCCUUAAUUAUUUGUACAUGUACAAAUAAAGAUGUAAGAACAUGUGGUAGGUAUAUACUACAUAUAUAUGUCCUCCAUUGUGAAAUGAAAAAGUUGUG